UCUUGAGUUGGGGCUGUGGGGGCAUUUAUAAUAGUUAAAAAGAAUGAAAAUGUCCCAAUGCUGUUGCAAUGAAAUAAAAAAAAAUCGAAGAGAUAACUUUCGUGUUUCAGGCACUGUAAAAAAGACAACAGAAAUACGUACAGUAGUUACUACUGCAGUAUAACUGCUCAAAAUGUAGACUUCGAGGAGCACUAAUGUAGAAGUGGUAAAACAAUAUACACUCGCGAAUAUUUGUACAUGUUAAAAUGCUCUUUGUGAAAUUCGGACUUUGAAACACAUUACAUCAUUACAUCAGUCAAUUAUAUGCAAUUAUAUGCAAAUUAAUGAAGCUACAAAAACAGGCAGUAAGCCAAAAGCGUAGCCACUCCCGAUGCGCUUUCAUCAUGAUUUCCUAAUCCUGAGUCGUCCUGCAGCACUUCACAUUACACUUCAGGAGCCCAGCAACUGCAGUUCAAAACACACAGCACAACUCAGGUGACAGCCAGGGCGUGUUGUCUCUCUCUAAGAACAGUAACUGAAAUUGGACAGGGAGAUGCCACCAAAGAGAAAAGCGGCCGCAGCUACCAAAGCUGGGGGUAAGAAAAUCAAAGAGGAACCGGAUGCCCCCGAAGACGCCUUUAAAUCUGCAAGAGAGGCUCUGAAAUCUGCCCCAAAGAAGAAGUGCAAGAGUAAAGUGGAUGAGAAUUGCCAUCUAAGCUGGGAUUCAACAUCAGAGAUAUAUAAUGACUGUGACUGCAUGCUAAACCAGACGAACAUUGGGCCUAACAACAACAAGUUUUAUGUUAUUCAAGUCAUAAAGAAAGGAAAUCAGUACUAUUGUUGGAACAGGUGGGGUCGAGUGGGGGAGGUUGGGCAGUCAAAGCUGUCUUGUGCUUACAGCAGCCCUGAUAAAGCACUGAGUGAAUUUGAGAAAAAAUUCAAAGACAAGACAAAGAAUGAUUGGAAGAAAAAGGACAAUUUUGUCUGCCACCCUGGAAAAUACACCCUGAUCGAAGUGGAUGGUGAAUCAGAAGCUGAGGUCAAGGUGGAUACAGUUGAUGGACUGAAGAAAGUUCUGCCCAGCAAACUUGACACGCCCACUAAGGAGCUCAUUGAGCUCAUCUUCAGCACCGAUAUGUUUAAAGAGGCCAUGGAAGUCAUGAACCUAGACAUAAAGAAAAUGCCUUUAGGGAAGCUGAGCAAGGUACAGAUUGCUAAAGGGUUUGAAGUUCUGGAGGAAAUGGAAGAAGCACUGAAGAAGAAGAACAAAAAGGCCUUAUUGGAGCAACUGUCCUCAAAGUUCUACACCACCAUUCCUCACAAUUUUGGACGCAACAGGCCUCCAGUUAUUGCUGAUAUGAGUACAAUAGAGAAGAAAAAAGAGAUGCUUCUGGUCUUGGCUGAUAUCGAGCUUGCUCAGAGUCUCAAGGCUGAAACUGAAAAGACAAAGGAGGAGAUGAUUGAAGAGAUACCUCAUCCAACUGACCAGGAUUAUCUGUCACUGAAGUGUGAGCUAACAUUAAUGGAUAAAUCUUCCAAAGAGUACGAGAUAAUAGAAAACUACCUUAAUGCAACAGCAGGAAAUUGGAGAAGGCCCACUAUUCUUAAUGUAUGGGUGGUAAACAGAGACAAAGAGGCAGAGCGCUAUGAAGAGCAUGAUGCGCUGGAGAACCGCCGCCUGCUGUGGCACGGCACAAACAUUGCAGUCGUGGCAGCAAUUCUGAAGAGUGGUCUUAGGAUCAUGCCACACUCCGGUGGGCGUGUCGGGAAAGGGAUUUACUUUGCUUCAGAGAACGGGAAAUCUGCAGGUUACGUUGGCACUACUUCCAAAUCAGUUGGCAUCAUGUUACUCAAUGAGGUGUCACUCGGGAAGGAGUACACCAUUACUAAGGAUGACUGCUCUCUGAAGAAACCUCCAGAGGGUUAUGACAGUGUGGUGGCACGAGGGAAUACAGAGCCAGAUCCCUCUAUGGACACCUUCAUCACAUUGGAUGGGAAGAAAGUAACUGUGCCACAAGGGAAGCCCAUUUCCCAGUCUCUCUAUAGUGACAGUUAUUUCUCUCAGAGUGAGUACCUCAUUUACAAGGAGAGCCAGUGCCGCAUUCGAUACCUCUUGGAGAUGCAAUUUUAGGCAUGGCAGUUUGAAGGGAAUGAAUGUGUUCUGAAAAAUUAGCUGUCUAGGAGUUCCAAAAACCUUUCUUUCCAAAGAACACUAUUGUGCCUCCUUUUAAAGAAGGAUGUUUGAAAAAAAAGCUGAAGUUGAAUGUUUUUGUCUUUUAUUGAUUUGUGUGUUUAAUAUAAUUUAGUAAUAAUUUGACAUUCUGGGAACUUGUAAAACAGGUUAGUGUAUAUUACUGGUGAUUUAGUAAUGAAUAAUUCAUAUUUGCACUGUAGGUUGAAUGUAAAAGGUGUAAUUGAUUUGCCUUUUCUACUCUCAAUUGCCUUUUCUCGUAUGAAGCAAGAUGCUAUCAUCUUUUGCACUUAAUGUAUACUUUUUAUUGAUGUGCUGUUCUAGCAGGGUUCCUGUUGACCUUUGCUUUGGUUAACAUUUUGUGCCUUAUAUUCCUAGUGUCUCUACCCUUGGCAAUAAAGUCAGCAUGUUUGAGAGAGAACUCCUUGAGUAUAUUUCACUCCUGUUCUUCUGUUUCCCUUCAAGAAAAUGUCCUUCAAAUUUUGAAAGUCUUUAAGAAUACUCCAGCUGAUCCAGCUUCUCAUUAAGUGCAAGAACAGACUUGCCCUGUCCAAGUGAUAUGAUAGUCCUUUCAUCUUGCAGUUCUGUUUAGCAGCAGAGACUACAGUAAAAUAAUUUGUUUAAUUUGGCCGGAUUGUGAUUUAGUUGUAGAACCUGCUAAGUAAAAUAUCAAAAGUAAGAAUUUACUGUAAACUGAACAUACUGUAUACUGUAAGGAUAUACUGUAAGAAAUAUGAAGUAUAUAAAUAUACUUUCUACAUUGGAAUGGACUAUCACAGAGAAAGCACUUUUGCCUUUAAUCACGUGAGAAAAAAAGAUUGUGUUAAGUUGUACUUACAAUAGUAAUCUAUACAAAGAGAAAUAAAUAGUUUGCUGUCAUACUCUUUUAUUUGUUCAGGAAUGUACAAGAAUGUACAGUGUCAGUACAAGACAAUGUACAAAUAUACUUUUGCUUCGUACUUCUUGUACAAAUAUUGGACAAGACAUUACAUCUUAGCAGGUUCUAGCCAUCUACACAAAGACACGUACACAUUACACACAAUUGGACUCCAUUAUUAAAAAUUAUAUCAGCCCAUAAAGCUUGCUUGGCUUUUAGUACAUACACUUAAUACAGUAAAAAACAUCACAACAUUAACUUUAAUGCAUUUGUUUUUUAGGUCAUUCUUAUUUUUAUUAUAGUUUAUAGUUUGUGAAUAGUUUGUGACUUUUUAGAUAAGUAACAUAAGACGUACUAAAUAGUAUGUUCUAAAACAACAUUUUUAAGUCCUGGAAUACAUUGCAUUGUUCCUGUUAAGCAAGUAAUUGUUAUAUUAUAACAACUGACGUAAGGGGAAGAUAAAGUCCUUUCAUACUAUAGUAAAUAAAGGCAUGUUUUGUGGUUUUAUUCUUGCUAUAAUUUGCAGCUCAUACGUAAUAUUGUUAUAUAUAUAUAUUGUUGCUUUCUUGAAUCUAAUAAUGUCAGACCUGCUCACAGCUUUGUAGUGCUUCCAGAAGCAGUUGCAUCAUAUCAAUUUUAGCAGCAACAGAAAAGCUUCAUCAAUUUCAAUGUAGAGGACCUUUAAGAUGUUUUUUCACACUUCAGUUUAUAUUAAUACUGAUAUAAUAUAGCUGAUGCUGCUUAUUGUUCAUGGUCUUAUUUUCAGCCCAGCCUGUGUUACAGUUUCUUUCACCUUUCUUUCACUAAUAAACUGGACAGAUCAGAGCUGCUGCAGUCCAUGCAAGAGUUAUUGAGGCCUCAUUAGUGAAGCUGCUAAAAUGCUUCCUGAUAGAAUGUUUUUAAUGUUAAAUUAUUGAUACAGAUUGUAUAAAUGUACUGUACCUUGAUGUAAACUGGAAGGCAACAGUGAGGGCAGCAUUGUUCUGAAAAUGUGACUGGGUGGACCAGUCUUUUGCUUGAUUAACAGUUGAAUAACUAGAAGAUUUUUUAAAAAAUGUGUUGUUUUCCUGUUUUCAAAUAAAAAUAAACAAAAAUUAAA